CUCUGGCGAGUCGUUGCCUUGGCCGGACGUGGGCUUUUCUGCUGUGCCCGCUCUUCGCGCUCUCUCGUUUCGUAUUCUGCAGCGCGCCAGCAGGAUGGCCCACAAGCAGAUCUACUACUCGGACAAGUACUUCGACGAAUACUACGAGUACCGGCAUGUUAUGUUACCAAGAGAACUUUCCAAACAAGUACCUAAAACUCAUCUGAUGUCUGAAGAGGAGUGGAGGAGACUUGGCGUCCAACAGAGUCUAGGCUGGGUUCAUUACAUGAUUCAUGAGCCAGAACCACAUAUUCUUCUCUUUAGACGACCUCUUCCAAAAGAUCAACAAAAAUGAAGUUUAUCUGGGGAUCGUCAAAUCUUUUUCAAAUUUAAUGUAUAUGUGUAUAUAAGGUGGUAUUCAGUGAAUACUUGAGAAAUGUACAAAUCUUUCAUCCAUACCUGUGCAUGAGCUCUAUUCUUCACAGCAACAGAGCUCAGUUAAAUGCAACUGCAAGUAGGUUACUGUAAGAUGUUUAAGAUAAAAGUUCUUCCAGUCAGUUUUUCUUUUAAGUGCCUGUUUGAGUUUACCUGUUACUUUUGUUCAAUAAAGUUUGUAUGUUGCAUUUA